UUGCACGCUGUCUCUGGUGGUUAUGUAUGAGGUAGUAUCUGUCAGCACUAUGGGUGGUGGCACAAGAAGUAGGUGCCUGGGUGGAGCCCAGGCUCCAGUGGCAUGAAAGCAUCCUACAUUGUCUGCCAGUGAUGAGAGGAAGUAGAAACAUGAAUUUAUCCAUUUAGUUAUGGUUAAACGUGAUCUUCAGGAGCUGGGAUUUGCUGGCCUGUGCUGACAGCAGGGUCCUGCAUAGCCUUUAUAAAUCAGGCAGACACGAUGCAGCCUGGCUGGUUUUCCAUCCUCCCCAUGGGAUACCGCUGUUGCAGCUGAACAGUGGCCACAGAAGGGGACCUAUGGCAUCAGGGCUGGCUGCUGGAGGGGGUUCCUGUGAGAGGGCUGCAUCUGUGGCAAGCCAGGGCUGCGGAGAUUUCCUAUGUCUGGGAAGCAGUGUUUCUGUCAUAGUUUAUUUAAGCGGUUGAGCUGAAGAGCAGGCUGUUGACCGUGGCUUAGGGCCUGAGUGAGGCUCUCCCUGGCCCUCGAGCGGCUGUGGUGGGGGAAGGAGAAGCGACUGCAGGCUCCUGGGCCCCUCUCCUGACACCUCAUUGUCAGUGAGAAAUGACAUGCACAAAUGGCAUGUGCAGCCAGACUUAAAAUAGCCCCUCGCCAACGCCCCGGCGGCAGGCAGCCUCCUUAUAUGUCCCGCUGCACAUGCUGGGCUCCCCGGGGGGGGCUGCCCCUUCCCAUCGCAGGUGCCCAGCAUCCCACAGCCUCUCAGGCCUGCUGCCGUCCUCGUGGGGUACAGCGGCUCGAGCCUCAGCCUGCAGGUUUAGGGGGAAGAUCUGGGUACGAUGUUGGUGUAACCGGCAAGCAAGUGUGAGCAGGUUUUUGUGCCAAGCUGUCAGUAAAAGGGAAAGGAAGAAGCAAUACUCCGGACUGCCAGAUGCUUUUAGACCAGCUGAAAGAGAUCACAGGAAUUCAAGACUCCUCUUUCCUUCAUGCUGCUCUAAAGGCUGCUAAUGGAGACCUGAUGGAAGCAGUCACCUUCCUGACAGAGGAGAAUGCCCAGGAGCCAGCUCAGGAUGUGGCUGCUGCAGAGCCGUCCGCUUGGGAAGGGAGCGCAGUGGGCAAGCAGCUCCCACAGAAUGUUACUACUGCACUUACCUCAAACAACAAAGAUGACCUCCGUGCAAUCGACACGUUCACACCACUGGCAUCACCAAAAACUCAGGCUGCAGAGAGGGAUGCUCCGGAGAGGCCACAGGAAGUACAUUCUGCUGAAAGCAAAAGCGGCUCCAAAAGGAAACACUGUGAAGUCUGGGGAGAGAACCCCAAGCACAGUGACUGGAGGAGAGUGGGCGACUGGCCUGUUGGGGUGAAAAACAUUGGAAACACGUGUUGGUUUAGUGCUGUCAUACAGUCUCUGUUUCAGCUGCCAGAUUUUCGGAGGCUGGUCCUUGGGUACAACCCCCCAGAGCUUGAGCUUCAAAGCCGUCACACUCGCACUGAAAAGAGAAACAUUGCAUUCAUGCUAGAACUUCAGUGUCUGUUUGCCCUAAUGCUGGGGACCUGGCGCAAGUUUGUAGACCCUUCUGUAGCGCUGGAACUCUUGAGGGAUGCGUUCAGAUCCACUGAGGAGCAGCAGCAAGAUGUGAGUGAAUUUACACACAAACUGCUGGACUGGGUGGAGGACGCAUUCCAGCUCACUGUGAAUGCCAAAAGCCCCGAGGACAAGUCUGAAAACCCAAUGGUACAGCUUUUCUAUGGGACUUUCCUGACUGAGGGUGUCCAUGAGGGCAAUGCUUUUUCCAAGAUCGAAACCUUUGGUCAGUAUCCCCUUCAGGUAAAUGGUUAUCGAGACUUGAAUGAGUGCUUGGAAGGAGCCAUGGUGGAGGGAGAGAUGCAGGAAGCAGCCACAUCUCAGUCGGGCAAGUACAGGCAGGAGCGCUGGUUUACAAAGCUCCCCCCUGUGCUGACCUUUGAGCUCUCCCGAUUCAAGUUCAAUCAGUCGCUGGGACACACCGAGAAGAUUCACACCAAGCUAGAAUUUCCCCAGACCAUUUACAUGGACAGGUACCUCUACUGCAGUAAAGAGCUUAUUCAGAAGAAGAGAGAAGAGGUUAAGAGAUUGAGUGAGAAACUGGUGAUUCUGCAGGAGAAACUGGAGAGGUACCUGAAGUACGGCUCUGGCCCGGCCCGCUUCCCACUGCCCGACAUGAUCCAGUAUGUGCUGGAAUUCGUUGCCACAAAGCCAGCUGUGGCUCUUCCUCCUGCUCAGGACUCCCAGACAACACCCCUGCAGUCCCAAACCGAGCCUUGUGUUUCAGACGCGCUUUCACAACCAAACGGCACACUGGAAAGGAGGGACAGUAGGACAGAAGAUGGAGCUUUCUCUUCGCCUCAGCAAGACUCGAGUGCUCCACGCCAGCCUUCUGCUGCAGCCCCAGCAACGUCUGAGCACCCAGCUCCUCAUGUGGUUUCCGAGGAGGAGCUGAAUCUGGUUCGGACCUGUCUGGAGCGAUGGAGAAAUGAGGUCGAGCAAGACAUACAAGAUCUGAAGAGAUCUAUUGCCAGAAUCAACCUGUCCAUUGAGCAAAUAUACUGUGACCCCCUCCUCCAGCAGGUUCCCUAUCGCUUGCAUGCGGUCCUGGUACACGAAGGGCAAGCGAAUGCUGGUCACUACUGGGCCUUCAUCUACGACCAGCCUCGGAAAAGCUGGCUCAAAUACAACGACAUCUCCGUGACAGAAUCCUCGUGGGAAGAGGUGGAGAGAGAUUCAUUCGGGGGCUUGAGGAAUGCCAGUGCCUACUGCCUGAUGUACAUCAGUGACAAGGUGUCCCGCUCUGUGGCAGAUGCCCCCGAGGCUGGGCAGUUUCAGAAGGAAGUUGAAGACUUGCCCCUGGACCUGAGGCGCUUCAUCCAGGAGGACAACUGGCGGUUCGAGCACGAGGCCGAGGAGUGGGAGGAGGAGCAGUCCUGCAAGAUUCCCCAGAGGGAGCCUUCGCCCACUUCUGACUCGCAGGACCUCUCCUCGGAAUCAGGCCCCGAUCGGCCCUCGGCCUGCGCCCGCUCCCUCUCCUCCGAGCACGCCCGCAUCGCGCAGGAGCAGACGGCCAAGGCCAUCGCCAACAGCGCCGACACCUACGACAGGAGCGGCGCCGAGGCCGCGCUCUGCGAGCCCAAGGAGGUAGAGCCAGUGAAGGCCCAGGCGGGAGAAACAGCCCCUACGGGUCAGGCAGAGCAGCCCCAGGACGCUAACGAAGCAGAGCCUGCUGCCCACAGUAGCUCACAGGUCUCUGAGGUGGAAAUCCCCAGUGUGGGGAAGAUUCCCGUUAGAUCCGAUGCAGACGGAUAUAAUGAGGAGGUGAUGCUGAGUCCAGCCAUGCAAGGUGUCAUCCUGGCUAUUGCAAAAGCCCGCCAGACCUUUGAUCGGGAUGGGUCUGAAGCAGGGCUUGUUAAGGCGUUCCACGAGGAGUAUUCCCGACUCUACUUGCUUUCCAAGGAGACGCCGACCCCUCAGAACGACGCCCGGUUGCAGCACGUGCUCAUUUACCUCCUGCAGAACAAUGCUCCGCAGCAGGUCGUGGAACGGACCCUCCUGGAGCAGUUUGCAGACAAAAACCUCAGCUAUGACGAAAGGUCCAUUAACAUCAUGAAGGUAGCGCGAGCAAAGCUGAGAGAAAUCGGUCCUGAGGAUGUCAAUAUGGAGGAGUACAAGAGAUGGCACGAAGACUACAGCCUCUUCCGCAAGGUGUCCAUUUACCUGCUGACAGGGCUGGAGCUGUACCAGAACAAGAAGUACCAGGAGUCACUCACCUACCUGGUGUACGCCUACCAGAGCAACACCAAGCUGCUGCAGAAGGGCACCAAGAGAGGAGUGAGCGAAUCCCUGAUUGCCUUGUACAGAAGGAAUUGUCUCCUGAAGCUGAAUGAAGUGGCAGCAUCCAUGUUCGUAAGCUGUGAAGAAGCUCGUGUGACAGAGGGCAUUAGCAUCCUGAACGAGCUGAUCAUCCCCUGCAUGCACCUCAUGAACAACUUCGAGAUCUCCAGGGAGGACAUGGAUGCCAUCGAGGUCAUGAGAAACCGCUGGUGCUCCUAUUUGGGUUGCGAAGACAUGGACGCGAAGCUGCAGAUGAGGCUGGGUGAGGUCCUGCCCCGGCUCCUCGACUGCCCCAGCGAGGUCGUCGUCCUGAAGGAGCCGCCGAAGAUCCGCCCCAACUCCCCCUACGACCUCUGCAGCCGCUUUGCAGCCGUCAUGGAGUCCAUCCACGGCGCCUCGGCCGUCGCCGUGCAGUAGCCCGUGGCUGCGCGCCACUCGUCGUCCGCCGGCAGCGCUUGAGAGGGAGUGGGGAGGGAAGGGGCGGCUCGCGCUCAGAGCUCUGCUGCUCGUACGUAGGUGGCAGUGGCACAGGCAGCAUUGCACUUCAGAGACAAAACCUCACCACAUAAAGCGGGGUUCUGCUUCCGCAGCUUCCUGGGCACGGAUCCUGAGGCCUGUGACAGCCACAGAGCAAGGGUCCGCUCCUCUGGUGAGCGGCCACGAGCUGCUGUUGGCCUGUCAGACACCUUCACAUCAUCCUGA